UCUCUCUAACCCGCCCUCUUUCCUUUGGCACGUGCGACCUCAGCACUGGAGCCGCACUGGAGUGCUUCCCACGUGCAUUAAGCUUGAUCGGCCACAUUUCUGGUCUGCACUGUCGAGGACAGCAGCAGCAGCAGCCCUUGUGAAAAGAAAGAGGAGGAAGGAGAAGAAAGAAAGGAAGAAAGAGAUAACAUGAUGGGGAAUCAAGCUGAUGGAUUCUGUUGGGUCUUCUGAGUUCACCGUUUCUGUGGUGUCCUUAGUGUAGUAGUGUGAUUGUCCGGAUAUUUGGCUCCGCCUAUGUGAAAUGAAAACGGUUGUGUUCAAGUCCAAGAUGAAAUGGGCAGCACUACUGGGAUUGGUGUUGUCCAUAUUUUCCCUCGUCUCCCAUCUCUUCCUUGCAAGAUAUACGGGGAGGUACUUGGUUGAGCACAGGCCUCAGAUCACCAUCUUCACAUGGCGACCCAUCUUUGAGACGUCUGAUGUUCUCCACACUAACGCCAAGUUUAUGAGAUUAUGGGGUCCUGUGAAGUCUCUUGGAUCUCUGAUGCCACUUGCAAAUCCUAGAGGAACAUACAAAGCUCCUGGACUGAAGCACAAUGGUUUUGUGUUUGUGAAGAUACGAGGAGGGUUCCAUGAGAUCAGGAAUGCUAUAAGUGAUAUAGUUGCAAUUUCUAGACUUCUUAAUGCUGCUCUAGUUAUUCCAGAGCUUCAAUCGACCACAAGCUCCAAAGGAGUAAGCUCUGGUUUUAAAAGCUUCAACUACCUUUAUGAUGAGGAUCAUUUUGUAGCAGCAUUGGCAAAAGAUGUGAUGGUUGUGAAAACCCUUCCUAAACAGCUGAAAGUUGCAAAGAAAAAUAAUGAUGUGCCUGUGUUUACAGUUCGCUUUUCAACGUCACCAGAUUUUUACCUUAAGUCUGUUCUUCCGAUGCUAAAGCAGCACAGAGUUGUGGAAAUACUUGUUCCAGAUGGUGGGUGCUUGCAGGCUCUUCUUCCACCUGUUUUUGAAGAAUACCAAAGAUUAAGAUGUAGAGUUGCAUUCCAUGCCCUUCGAUUUCGUCGUGAAGUUCAAGAACUUGGUACCAAAAUAGUACGUAGGUUACAAUCUUCAGGGAGGCCGUUUAUUGUAUUUGAUCCUGGAUUGACCAAAGAUGCUUUAGCUUAUCAUGGUUGUGCUGAACAGUUCCAGGAUGUGCACACUGAAUUAAUGCAGCAUAAAAGGAAAUGGAUGAUCAAGCAUGGGGUCAUCAAGGGAAACCUUUCUGUAGAUUCUGUGCAACGGCAUCUGAAUGGCACAUGUCCUUUGAUGCCAGAAGAGAUUGGUAUUGUUCUUCGUGCAUUUGGGUAUCCACAGGAUACAAUAAUAUAUGUUGCUGAAGGAGAAUUAUUUGGUGGCCAGAGAUUGAUGAUUCCUUUACAUUCCAUGUUUGAUAAUGUUGUUGACAGGACUUCCCUCACUACUAUCAAAGAAUUGACUGCUAUAUAUGGCCAUGAGGAUUUCUCAGGUUCCUUGUCUCAUCCUCUGCCUCCAGUAGUUUCAGAGGAAAUGAGGAUUGCUGCCUGGAAAAAAUCUGGUCCACGCCCAUGGCCUCUUCCUCCACCACCAUCAAGGCUCAAAUAUCAAUAUAAUAGUGAAGGAUGGUGGGGCUGGGUUGCUCAAAGUGAGAGGGAACCACAACCAACAAUCAUGGAGCUGAGAACACAAGCUCACAAGCUGCUGUGGGAUGCCAUUGAUUACAUAGUCUCUAUUGAAGCAGAUGCCUUCAUCCCUGGUUUUGAUCGCGAUGGCAUGGGACACCCUAAUUUUGCAAGCUUGGUUAUGGGUCACAGACUUUAUCUGAAUGCUGCGACAAAAACAUUUCAUCCAGAUAGGAAAACAAUUGCCUUGCUUUUGGAGGAAGUUCGCAGCCAUCUGUAUCAAGCGAAUCGGACUUGGGUAGCAUCAGUAAGAAAGCACCUCACGGACUCUUUGAUCAAAGGUUUGACAGAAGCUGCAGCAAACUCAAAACCGUUAUCCUUCUUGUCCCAUCCUGUUCCCGAAUGUCUAUGCAUUAGGAGGUCCUCACACUUAUCUCAAAAUAGUUCUUCAAAUGCAACAAAUAUUCGGGACAAUAUUGCGAUGGGAGUUGAGUACAGAUGCCCGGAAGGGAUGAAUGGCAGCAAAGUGUCACAUUUAGAAAGUUAUGAGGAAGAGGAUUUGGAAGAAUCUGAUGACAUAUCUAGCAAAUUUUUUCAGCAGGCCAGAAUGUCAGCACAUGCAGUGGAAACAAAUAUGAAGGACGUCCAAUUAGAAGAUCAAGACGAGAAUGAAGGUGGUGAACGAUAACACUGAAUGAAAAAUAGAGUUAACUUGGUGCUGGUAGCAGUUAUUCUUUGUCACUCCUCCCUUGGCGAAUUUCAGGUUGUGUACAUAACUCAUAUUCGUAGAGGCUGGUGAAACUUCACAAGAUUGGUUUCUCUGUUCAUUGCCCAGGAAGAGUGAAGCUUCAUGUAACAUAUUGGUCUUGUAGUUGUGAAAACCCAAUUUUGAUUAUUUAAUGCAAUGGGUGAUCAUACCUACUGACGAAAAUCUUUUUUAAAGUUGCUAUUCAUAUGUAUUACUUGUAUUCGUGAAAACUUUGAUAAUUUUAUUUCCCUUUUCAUCAA